GGCGUUGCCUAGGGCUUGUGUGUCCGUACACGCACAGAACUAUUCUAUUUCUAUUUCUAUUUCUCCAGACCCCUCGGAGACGGUUGCGUACUGGACGGAGCUUUCCAUCGCCGGCCUAUUUCUGCGACUACUACUCACACCUUUCUCUCUCUCUCUCUCUCUCUCUAUCCUCCGUCAGUUUCACUCUGUAUAUGUGAUUAAGGUUAAAGAAUUGGUGUUUAGGGAGGAAUGGUGAGAACUGUGAAAAGUCACUCGGAAGUGGAAGAAGAUGAUGAUGACGAGUUCGUUUCGAGGACUCCCGAUAGCUCUUCUCAUAAAGUGAAAGUAGAUGGGAAGAACGGUGAUCAGAAGGCGAACGUGCUUAGGUCGAAGCAUUCGGAGACAGAGCAUCGUAGGAGGAGCAAGAUUAACGAGAGAUUUCAGAUAUUGAGAGACCUCAUACCUCAAAAUGAUCUGAAGAGGGACAAAGCUUCAUUCUUAUUGGAGGUUAUACAGUACAUCCAGUUUUUACAGGAGAAGAUGCAGAUGUAUGAGGGAACAUACCAAGGUUGGAGUCCGGAGCCCUCAAAAUUGAUGCCGUGGAGAAACACUAGCGGGCCCGCAGAUAGCUUCAUUGAUCAAUCUCAACUCAUGAAGAAUGAUUCUGGUCAUGAGGAUAAUACUGCUAUCAACCCGGCAUUGCUCACUAAUGCUCAGAACUCGUUAGAAUCUGAUUUUGGUGGGGCUGCUGCAUAUAAAGCAAUAGAUCAUUCCUCUGGGGCAGUGACCCAAGCAAUUCCCUUUAAUAUGCCAUUGCAACCAAAUUUGUUUGAUGCUGUUCCUGCCCAAUCUCCUCAGAGAUCUUUAUGUGAUGCUGAGCAUCUGGCUUCGGAGUCCCGAUCCCAUCUUUGGCAGGGUAGACCAUGUACAACUGAUUGUGCUGUUCCAAGCUAUGCUCCAAAUGAGCAGGAAGAGCUGAAAUCGGAAAGUGGAGAAGCUACCAUCUCAAAUGCCUGGUCCCAAGGGUUGGUGAAUACCCUAAGCCAUGCACUGCAGUCUUCAGGGGUAGAUUUAUCACAGACCAGCAUAUCUGUGCAACUUGAUAUUGGGAAACAAACAAAUACUGGACUGACAGCUACAACAUUCAGCAAAAAGGACCAUGAAAACCCUUCUCCUAACACUCUAGCAAUGGCGCACUAUGGGUUUGAAAGCAAUGAGGAAUCAAGUCGAGCUCCUAAAAGGCUCAGAACAGAAAAAGGCUAGUAUGGCAUCAUUGGUCCCUUGAUAAUUUUUCCAUAUUCUUCCUUGUCAUUCUACAUUUCCUUUGUCUGUUUUUUUUUCCUUGGGAAAGGAUCGGGGUAUUUAUGCCAUGCCAUAGUCCACAGACGCCUCUGUCAGGACUAAUUGUACAUGUUUAUGCGUUUUGAUUUGUUCAGAUGCCUGACUUCUCAAAGCAGAAGCUGUUAUAUAUUUUCAUUGUUCUUUUUAUUUUCGAUAGAGGCUUCCAUGCAAAUAUUGAGAAGCUGCUCUUGUUUUCUGGAGGUCAUUCAAUUCAGAAGUUGGCUUUUUUGGCCCUGUUUUCUUGUUUUGGCUAAGUUUUCCACAAAUUUCUGCAUUCUUUCUCUAACAACC